ACAUUUGCUUUUGACCAUUGCUUCUGGUCAUAUAAAGAAACUGAUCCUCAUUAUGCCAAUCAAAAAGAUGUUUACCAACAUUUAGGCUCAGACAUCCUUCACAAUGCAUUUCAGGGUUACAAUGCAUGUAUAUUUGCCUAUGGCCAGACAGGUUCUGGCAAAUCAUUCACCAUGAUGGGUUCAGAAGAAAACAGGGGUCUAAUUCCUCGCCUCUGUGAUGACUUGUUUGGAAGGAUAGCUUCUAACACCAAUCCCAGUCUUUCAUAUAAAGUUGAAGUUUCAUACAUGGAGAUUUACAAUGAAAAAGUCCAUGAUCUCUUGGACCCUAAAGAAACCAGACAGCAUCUAAAAGUACGAGAACACAACAUUCUUGGUCCAUAUGUGGAUGGACUGUCCACUUUGGCAGUCUCAUCUUUCCAGGACAUCAGCUGUUUGAUGACAGAAGGAAACAAGUCCAGGACAGUGGCUGCUACUAACAUGAACAGUGAAUCUAGUCGAUCUCAUGCUGUGUUUAACAUCACUUUAACCUGUUCUCUGACCGAUGUCCAGUCUGGGGUUACAGGUGAAAAGGUGUCCAAAAUGAGCUUAGUUGAUUUAGCUGGUAGUGAGAGAGCUGUAAAAUCUGGAGCUGUAGGAGAACGCUUGAAAGAAGGAUCCAAUAUCAACAAAUCACUGACAACCUUGGGCCUGGUCAUAUCAAAACUAGCUGACCAAUCAUCAGGAAAAGCAAAAGACAAGUUUGUUCCAUACCGGGAUUCUGUACUCACAUGGCUUUUAAAAGAUAAUUUAGGAGGUAACAGCAAAACUGUAAUGGUGGCUACUAUCAGUCCAGCAGCUGAUAACUAUGAUGAAACACUUUCAACUCUGCGUUAUGCAGACAGGGCUAAACGCAUUGUUAAUCAUGCCAUUGUCAAUGAAGAUCCUAAUGCUAGGAUCAUCAGAGAGCUUCGAGAGGAAGUGGAGCAGUUGCGAGAACAGCUAAAGCAUGCUGCAGUAAUAAAGGAAAGACAACAUGCGUUAGAGAAAAUGGGAAUCUCUGUUCAAGCCUCGGGUAUCAAGGUUGAAAAAGAUAAGUACUACUUGGUGAACCUGAAUGCUGACCCUUCACUUAAUGAACUUCUGGUGUACUAUUUGAAGGAGAAAACACUUGUAGGACAACCUGAUGCUCCUGUUGAGCAAGACAUCCAGCUGUCAGGGUUAGGUAUUAUGCCAGAGCAUUGUGUCAUAACAAUAGAGGAGAAUCAGGAGGUAUUCCUCAGCCCAAUGGAGGGAGCAAGAACCUGUGUGAAUGGGUCUGUGAUAACAACCAAAACGCAGUUGAGGCAUGGAGACAGAGUUUUGUGGGGAAAUAACCAUUUCUUUAGAGUCAAUUGCCCUAAAUCUGCAACACUUACUAGUCCUGAUGAACCAGAGAGACCUAUUGACUAUGAUUUUGCCCGAGAGGAACUUAUGAUGAAAGAGCUCAGUAAUGACCCAAUACAGACAGCUAUGGAAGCAUUAGAAAGACAGCAUGAAGAAGAUAAGCACAAUGCUCUUCAAAAGCAGCGACAAAUGUAUGAGAAACAACUGCAGAUGCUACGAAACCAGAUGUCGCCCACUACACCAUAUUCUCCUUAUUCACCGUUUGAUCCAUUAGGAUUAGGUAAGAUUACUCCUACUGGCUCCAGCUCCAUUGUUCAGUCUAGAAUGGAAAGAUGGGCAAAAGAAAGGGAUGAAGUUUUCAAAUUAAGUUUGGCCAAGCUCAGAGAAGACAUUGUUAAGGCCAAUGCUUUGGUUAGAGAAGCUAAUUUUUUGGCUCUGGAAAUGGAAAAAAAGACUGAGUUCAAAGUAACCCUUCAGAUCCCGGCUGCAAAUCUCAGUCCUAAUCGUAAGCGGGGAGCUUUUGUGAGUGAACCAGCUAUUCUGGUGAAAAGAAUCAAUAAAUGGAAUCAGAUCUGGUCAAUGGAAAAGCUUGAAAACAAGUUAAUAGACAUGAGAGACAUGUACGAAGAAAGCAAAGAAAAAGAUAAACCCUUAAAGGAUGCAGUCCUUCCUAAAAGAAUAGACCCAUUCUACGAAACUCAGGAAAACCACAAUCUCAUUGGUGUGGGGAACGUAUUUUUAGAAGUCCUGUUCCACGAUGUGUUGUUGAACUAUCAUGUUCCAAUCAUCAGCCAACAGGGGGAGGUUGCUGGACGACUUCACGUUCAGAUUGGUAGGGUAGCAGGAUCUAUACCAGAAAGGAUAGGAGAUGCUGGAUGGUCAGACAGAGACAGUGUUAGAGGGUCCUUGUUGGAUGUAAGCACGAUCAGUGAAGAUGGGGAGGACUUCUCAGCAAAAAGACAGAUUGUUGUCAGAGUAGCCAUCAAAUCAGCAUCUGGACUUCCACCAUCCCUGUCCAACUUUGUCUUUUGUCAGUAUACUUUCUGGGGUCAUCAUGACUCUGUUGUUGUUCCUCCUGUAGUAAACCCUGAUAAACCCAUUACCCGUAAAAGCAGGGACAAAAUGAUGUUCUUAUUUGAUCAUGAAAAGGAGUUCACAAUCAACAUAACAGAAGAGUUUGUUGAACACUGUGUCGAAGGAGCUUUGUCCAUAGAGGUCUGGGGUCACCGUAGUGGUGGCUUCAGCUCGGCCAGGUCAGGAUGGGAAAUAGAUGCACAGUUGCAGUGGUCAAGAUCACUAGCAGACAGGUGGGCAGAGCUGACCAGGAAGAUAGAAUUAUGGGUGGAGAUUCAUGAAUUGAAUGACCAGGGAGAGUAUGCACCUGUGGAAGUGACCUGUAAACCAGACAUGGCGGCUGGAGGUGUUUCUCAGCUUAGACAGGGUCAACAAAGAAGGAUCCUUGUUAGGGUAAAACCAGUCCAUGACUCUGGAACCUUACCCAUUAUCUGUGAAGCAAUAACCAACAUUGCCAUCGGGUGUGUCUGUUCACGGUCUAAGCUUCAGAAGCCAUUAGACUCUUACCAGGAAGAAGACUUGUCACGGCUACGGGAAAAGUGGUCAGAUGCUCUGAUGAAACGGAGGGAGUAUUUAGAUGAUCAGAUCCAAAAGAUUAUUAAUAAGAAAGAUAAGACAGAACAAGAUGUUGAAAGAGAGCAAAGCCUCAUUGACCAAUGGGUGUCUCUGACCGAAGAACGUAAUGCUGUUUUAGUCCCUGCCCCUGGCUCAGAAAUACCAGGAGCACCAGCAGACUGGGAACCACCACCAGGUAUGGAACAGCACAUUCCAGUAAUCUUUCUUGAUCUGAAUGCCGAUGAUUUCAGCACAACGAAUGCUGAUGAUAAUGGUAUACCAAUAGCAGGGAACAACUCAAUUCUUCCAAAGGAACAUGGGUGUAAGAUGUUCAACCUGCCUAUAGUCAAACACUUUGAGAAAGAUGUUUCAGCUGUUGCUGCAUGGGACUCAUCCAUACACGAUUCCAUCCACCUGAAUCAAGUGACACCUCAAACUGAGCGGGUGUACAUGAUCCUCAAGGUCACCAUACGAUUGAGUCACCCAGCAACCAUGGAUCUUAUACUUCGGAAACGGUUGGCUAUCAAUGUAUACAAAAGACAGUCCAUCAUGGACCGAAUGAAAAAACGAAUAAGCAGGCAGGAUUACUUGUUUUCUUCAGGUGUCACCUAUGAAAUUGUAUCUAAUGUUCCCAAGGCCUCUGAGGACCCUGAAGACAGAGAGACGUUAGCUUUGAUGGCAGCUUCUGGUGAAGAUGCAGCUACCAAUGAUGGUGAAAGUUAUAUUGAGAAAUACACAAGAGGUGUUUCUGCUGUGGAGAGUAUCCUAACUUUAGAUAGACUGAGACAG